GAAGGCUAUUCCAGGUAUCUACUACCCUUUCUAUAUCACUGUUACUGCUCCCACUGGAAGGUUAUUCCAGGUAUCUACUACCCUUUCUAUAUCACUGUCUAUAUCACUGUCACUGCUCCCACUGGGAGGCCAUUCCAGGUAUCUACUACCCUUUCUAUAUCACUGUUACUGCUUCCACUGGAAGGCUAUUCCAGGUAUCUACUACUCUUUCUAUAUCACUGUUACUGCUCCCACUGGAAGGCUAUUCCAGGUAUCUACUACCCUUUCUAUAUCACUGUUACUGCUCCCACUGGAAGGCUAUUCCAGGUAUCUACUACCCUUUCUAUAUCACUGUUACUGCUCCCACUGGGAGGCUAUUCCAGGUAUCUACUACCCUUUCUAUAUCACUGUUACUGCUCCCACUGGAAGGCUAUUCCAGGUAUCUACCACCCUUUCUAUAUCACUGUUACUGCUCCCAUUGGAAGGUUAUUCCAGGUAUCUACUACCCUUUCUAUAUCACUGUUACUGCUCCCACUGGAAGGCCAUUCCAGGUAUCUACUACCCUUUCUAUAUCACUGUUACUGCUCCCACUGGAAGGCUAUUCCAGGUAUCUACUACCCUUUCUAUAUCACUGUUACUGCUUCCACUGGAAGGCUAUUCCAGGUAACUACUACCCUUUCUAUAUCACUGUUAUUGCUCGCACUGGAAGGGUAUUCCAGGUAUCUACUACCUUUUCUAUAUCACUGUUACUGCUCCUACUGGAAGGCUAUUCCAGGUAUCUACUACCCUUUCUAUAUCACUGUUAAUGCUCCCACUGGAAGGCUAUUCCAGGUAUCAACUACCCUUUCUAUAUCACUGUUACUGCUUCCACUGGAAGGCUAUUCCAGAUAUCUACUACCCUUUCUAUAUCACUGUUACUGCUCCCACUGGAAGGCUAUUCCAGGUAUCUACUACCCUUUCUAUAUCACUGUUACUGCUCCCACUGGUAGGCUAUUCCAGGUAUCCACUACCCUUUCUAUAUCACUGUUACUGCUCCCGCUGGAAGGCUAUUCCAGGUAUCUACUACCCUUUCUAUAUCACUGUUACUGCUCCCACUGGGAGGCUAUUCCAGGUAUCUACUACCCUUUCUAUAUCACUGUUACUGCACCCACUGGAAGGCUAUUCCAGGUAUCCACUUUCUAUAUCACUGUUACUGCACCCACUGGAAGGCUAUUCCAGGUAUCUACUUUCUAUAUCACUAUCACUGUUACUGCUCCCACUGGAAGGCUAUUCCAGGUAUCUACUUUCUAUAUCACUAUCACUGUUACUGCUCCCACUGGAAGGCAAUUCCAGGUAUCUACUACCCUUUCUAUAUCACUGUUACUGCUCCCACUGGAAGGCUAUUCCAGGUAUCUACUACCCUUUCUAUAUCACCGUUACUGCUCCCACUGGAAGGC